AUGAACAGUCUUCAAGAAAGAUUAAAUAUUGUAAAGUAUGCAAUUACGAUAUCAAAUAUUUUAGUAUUGAGGAUUUUAAAACCCGAUAAAAGAAUAAUCGAUUGGUGUCAAAUUAAAUAUAAUAUAUUAUCAUCAGAAUCAAAUCAAAACAACAAAAGUUCAAUAAAAGUCAAUUUCACACAAAAUACAAUCGCAUGGAGUGGUAACAUAUAUCCAUAUUAUACCACAGAAAAAGAAUGUUCAUCUAAAUACCAUGAACAUGGAAUAUGCGAUAAAACAACAGGUACAUGCAAAUGUAAUUCAGAAUACACAGGUUUCGAUUGUUCAUCACCAAUUAAUAACAAUAAUAAUAAUAAUCAAGCAGAAACAGAAACAGAAACCAAUAACAAUGGAACAGUUAUAAUUAAAAAUCAUUUUAUAGGAUAUUCAAUAUCGAUUCAAUUAUAG